GGGAAACAAAAGACACCCAGUCAACCCCACAGGCACCCCUCUGCACUGGUGGAGGCGGAGGGAAGGAAUCCAGCGACACCCGAACCCCGAAGAAAGAGCCGGACCAGGGCGCCAGCCCCGAACCAUCACACGCCGACUCGGGGCUCCCUCUGGCCCCGCCAUCCCCGCAAACCCAGCCACCUACACAGCUCGGCGGCUUCCCGUCCCCAUUGUCGAGAACCGACGGAGUUUCCCGUCUACGACAAUGACGCCAUUUCUGUCAGAGAAGAAACUCACAACAAGCCCGGCGUCCGGCGCAAGGCCGGCCGCUCUCCCCGAGGGCCUCGGCGCCGGCCCCAGCGAGUCAGCGCCCCCACGGGCAGAGUCCGAGCGGGAGGCCAGCCGAGGGCCGCCGAGGGGGCAGGAGGGCCUGUGGGCCGCGGGCAGGACUGGCCCGCCGCAGAGCCUCUGCCCACGUCCCGCUCAGGGCGCAGACCCGACAAGUGGGAGCGGGAUCAACAUCUGGCCCCGCCGCGGGGACAACGUGAUGGCCGAGGGCCCCGAAGGCGGCACGGCCCCUACCCGGCCCGGGCCCCCCACCGCGGCCGCUAAACCGCUGAGUGUGCGGCCGCCCAGCCAGGGGGCGGCUCGGACCCGGCGACUGCGAGGGGUGGGGGCUCCCGGGAGGCCGAGGCCCCGAAUACGGGCGCCGCAGGGACCACUACCGCGAUCUUCCUCUGCUCCUCGGCUGGGCCCAGCGACUCCCAAAAGGACACCCCUUAGGAGACCACGAAAGCCCCAGAUAAUGUCCCUACCUUCCUCGGAGGCGAGAUCUGACCCUGGCACGUCCAGAGUCCCCUCUCUCCUCCUCCCCCCCAAAACCAGCAGGCCCGGGGGAGAGAUGGGGAAGAAGGGCGGCGGGUCCAGCGGCUGCUGAGGCAGAGGCUCCGGCUCCUCCUCCUCCCGCGGCGGCGACUGGUACCUUUGUUUGGCGGCCGCUCGGGCUCCCUGGUUGGGGGGAGGGGGACGACGAAAAAUCCCUCCCGGACUGGAGGUCCGGGCCCCCAAUCGCGCUGCCCUCCAGAGGACGGCGGCGACAGACCCUCUGCAGCUCCCUCCGGGCAAAGGUCCAGGCGGUGGCCGUGGCGGCGGCAAGCUGAAGCUCAAGAGUCUCCCUCCGCUCCGGCGACCGAGCUCCUCACUCCGGACUCGACUGACGGGCAAACAUCGCUUCCCCCCGACUCGAGGUCCCCCCGCCCGCCUCCUUUCUCCCCUCCCCUAGAUUUUUUCACCCUCCCCUACCUCUUUCCCGGAUGGCCUCUUAGACGACCUCGGAUUGGCUAAAGUUCUUUAGAACCCACCUAUACACUGUUCCUAUUGGUCCCUGCAUACAAACAACGACGCCAUUUUCCCACCAGUUCUAUGGAAACAGAAAGUUACGCCUCAAAGCUUUCUGGGAAAUGGAGUCCAGUCUCUUGGGCCAACGCGCAAAUCCUCGUCCGCAAGAACUGCAAGGCCCGCAAUGCCCCGCGCCUGCGUGGGACCGGAGUGGGGGGAGGUGAAAGGGGCGGGGCAACAGAGCAGUGGGGAGGCGGCAACGACGCCUGCGCAGUGUGACCGGGAUGGCGCAUUUUCUUGCACCGAGUAAUGCGGUGUCGCUGGCGGCUGAGGAGGGUGGAGCGUUCUGUGGAGAAGUAGUGGGAAGGAUUCUUGUAGGCAACAGGAAGAGCCUAUGUCCGCACUAUAAAGUAGGAAGUUGAUGCAGGGCGCUGCUACUCCCGGACCGGCGGCGUCAAAGUCGUGAUAUCAUCGUUGAACCGAUAAAGAUAUUCCAUAGCUGAGGAUCUUAAUCUGAGGCGCAUGUAAAGGAUUCAGGGACUACAUGAUCCCCGAGAAGUUAUAUGUAAGUUUUGGCUGUGCAUACAUUCUUGUUGGAGCGUAUUAGCACAUAGACAGGCUUUUUUUUUUUUUUUUUUUUUUUUAA